AUGCCUCCCGAGGCUCUUCGUAUCACCUUACCACGUCUACCACCACAGACGCCAAUCCAAGAGUUCCUAGCUCAAAUCAAAGCAGCCAAGCGGACAUCGGCCAUUGACGACAGAGAUUUUAUCCUUGCCAGUCGCAUUCUACAGUGGUUUCGAUCCCCGUCCCCCAAAGACAAAUCAUUCACCGGUCGCAACAAUGCUGCUCGAGUCCUCCACGCCGUUUGCGGGGUCGACGACACACCACAUCGAAAUACCAAACUUCUCGAUCAUAUAAACAAUGAUUCGAGAUGCUGGCUGCGCACUUUUGCAGUCUUGUUACAAAUGGAUCAUGAAGAUCAGAACAUGGGGAGAUAUAUCCAUCGCUUUGCAGAGCUAGAUUUCUUGGAUCAGCGGCUUGGGUGUCCAGUUAAAGACAAUCUGAAGGAGGAAGUGUUGCAGUAUCUUAACAUAUCCCCACCAGAUGCUGAGAGACUUGCGAAGGAAUUUGAAGAUUUGCAAUGGCAACUUUAUACGGACACAACGCUAAACGAAGCGGACAACCAGGUAUACCAUUAUGGAACGAGAAAAAUAUUGCCUAUUACGCAAAAAGUCGUCUUGACCGAGGGAGACACGAGCGCCAUCUACCAAAUCGAGGUUCCCUGCGAGUGCAUUCCGCCAAGUCUGGCUGCUAGAGUCAAGCGGAAACCGUAUUCAACACCCAGAGGAAAGGCGCAACAGAUGACACUGAAAGUCAUCCACCGUGAGCCUUCAUAUAAUCUUGAACGAGCAGCCUACAAAGCUCUUGACCAAAAAAAGGAUAUUGUAGAGUGCUUUGGCUAUUGGCAGUUCGUCCGCAAUCGCAGACGAAAAGAAUAUCAUGUUCUGCUUGAGUGGGGGGCCCAUGACUUGAAGGAGUUCUUUAGGUGUUACACUCCGCCUACCACGACAGACGCGAUAAUUCAGUUCUGGGAAGGCUUCCUAUGCAUUGUUUCUGGUCUCGCCACUAUUCAUGAAGUGGUGGUUUCUGGACAUGACGGCCCUGAGACUUGGUAUGGGUGGCAUUGCGACCUGAAACCAGCCAACAUCCUGUUUUGUGAAGAAGGCCAUCAAAAAGGUUGGAAAGUCGCAGACCCCGGUUUUGCUAGAUUCAUUCGUGCGGACAGGGUAGAGAAAUCGCAGGGACUGCCCAUUGCAGAGAUGCAUGGCGGCACAACUAGUUAUGGUGCUCCUGAAGCUAGCAACGACAGAUCACCAAAGGUCACACAACGUUUUGAUAUUUGGUCCUUGGGCUGUGUUCUUUCUGAAGCUGCGACCUGGGUAGUUCUAGGUCACCGCGGAGUGCAACGUUACCACGGCGUCAGAAGGCUUGACCCAUCUGGUAUAGAUGGCUUUCAUAACCGGCUCGACAAAUCAAAAGCCGUUCGCGACUGGCAUAGUUAUUUGCGACACUCUCUGCGGGCUUCGGAUACCAUCACGGAAAAGAUAUUGACGGUUGUGGAAAAUUUCAUGUUGCAAGCAGAUCCACACAUGCGACACGAUGCGAGCACAUUAAAGGCAGAGUUGGAUGCCGUCAUCGAUUUUGCCAAGGCCUCUUUAGACGAGCAUCCAUCGCCCGAGAGAUACAAGAUCCCAGAUUAUUUCCAAAAGGCGAUUGAUCAAGAACAAGUGGACGAGGCUGAAGAGAUGCAAGCUCGUUUGGCAAGCGGCGGCCAUGAGAAAUGGACCAACAAACACAAGUCACAAGCAUUCUACGAUGCUACCAAAGUCCCUCUUGGUCACCACGAUGAACAAAUUCCCGAUAUGUUGGCCCAAGUCAUGUCGCCAGCUUCAAACGAUCUCAGCUUACCGACCGUCUACCGGUCAGGCACUCUUCCGGUUGAGCCCUCACGAGACUUUUAUCAUCAAAAGUCUACCCAAAUUGCAAAACAAGGACCUGGCCGGGAGUCAAGCUCGAAAAUAAUGUCUGCAGAUUACUGGGAAGCCCGAGAAAUACUUGAGGAUAACAAUUGGAGGUCUGGAACACUUGAAUUUUCAGAAGAGUUACCAGAAGCAUCACAGCUAGAAGCCGCGACUCCUUUGACUCCAAAACCAGGAAGCAGUGCUAUAUAUUCUCAGCUCCACCAAACAGCCCCGUUUGCUAUCACUUCUUCACAGACUACACGACCAAGGGGCACUUCAGUUCCGGGAUCUUUUAAGUCGUUACUGACAAAGAGCUUCAGCCUCAGGCGCAAACGCAAGUCAACUGGAUCUAUACAAGCAGUCGCCGACAAUUCGAAUCGGCCACUGCCAACCGUUUUGCAACCAUUAGACACCGAUAUUUCAGCCAUAGACAUGCUGCAGCCAUCGAAAUCAGGACAAUACAAGUAUGAUAAACUCGAUGAUUAUUUCCAAGGACGAGAUAUUGCCUUCUUGAUUGACAAUGGUUCGAGUAUGCAAAAACACUGGAUGUUUGCAAGAGACUUAUUAGUUGUCCUUACGGCAUUCCUUUAUGGGCAGGACGAUGACGGGAUGGACCUCUAUUUCACAUCUCGACGUCAGAAAGUUGGAACUUAUGAGGAACCCAAGGACUUUUUCGAGGAGAUGGGUCGGAACAAGCCACAACGUGCUGCAAAAGGGCAGCCAUCCUCCGAGCCACCUAGCAUGGCUCGCAUUCCUUCGAUGUAUAAGACGACACCACCUAGAACUAAUACUCAUGCAACAACAAGCUCGACGGCUUCGAAUGAGCUUAACGCAGAAGAUAUCCGUGACAGUUUAAGAGAGAUUCUUGACAAUUGGGGCAGCAGGCAGUUCAAGAAGAAAGGCAAGAAGCUGACAUUGAUCAUCUUCACAGACGGCAUAUGGAACGACGUGAAGCAGAAGCAAUCUGUGAGCCGGCAGAUUGUGUCGCUUCUCGAAUGGUGGCUCGACAAAAAUACGCACAAGGAGCAGCUUGAGAAUAGAGGGCUCAGUAUUCAAUUUGUGCGGUUUGGUAAUGACACAGACGCCAUUGAGGAGCUUGACCGCAUGGACAAAAACUUGACCAUGAGCGAUGGAACACAACUACCAGACAUAAUUGAUCAUGAGCCCGCAGAAGGAAAUAUCUACAAGAUGAUACUUGGCAGUCUAGACGAAAGAUAUGAUGUUGAUGACGAGGUUUCUAUUUCGGGGGAGCAGGGCUAUAUGGGUAGUAGCGGCGCGCCAACUCUUACCUCAAGCCCGGUGAGCACACGUUCUGUGCUUCCUUCAUACAUGAAGCCAAACCCCUCGCAAACAUUCGACGUGCGGUCUUCAAGGCAGAACUAA